CAAGCACACUAAAUCCAAACACUGGAAGCCGCCGCUACCUCCAUAGGCAACAAGCACCGGACAACCUGGGGUACGGACUAUGUAAGGUGCAUACCAAGGUUAAACAAUCCACAGCCAUGCAAACGCCAUGGAAGUACCCCCAGCCAAGCGCCCGCGAUUCGGCCCCGCGCCGUUCGAGGAUCCCGACUAUGACGACCCGGAAGCCGACGAGCUCAACGAGCAGCCCGAGGACGUGAACGCCCGCCGCGACCCGGCCGCCCGACUCGAGCGGUCGCGCGCCUUUGCCGCCCUCAAGCUGAAGUCGGCGUUCGAGCGCAUCUUUGAGAAGUACGGGCACGACUUCACUGGUGUCGCCGACGAGAUUGACCUCCGGACCGGCAGGAUCGUCGUGGACAAUGGACAUAUCCAAUCGCUCAAGGACGCGCAGUUGGGAGGCACCAAUGAAAGCGACGAUGAAGGAAGCGACGGCGCUUCUGCGACCGGGUCCCUGAAUGAAGAGGACAGGAUGCUGAGGGGUAAGAGGGUCGAGAGCCGCCUCAGUCAGGUUGGGCAGACAGUGAUGCCCUUGGCAUCUCCCGGACCUGGAGCAAUCCCUUUCUCGACGCAAGGGUGGCCUGGGGCGUCGCCGAGUCUGGGAAGAGGACCAUCCCCGGUGCUUUCCAACAUGACGUAUCCAGGCCAGGUGCCGUUCGGGGGACAAUCGGUGCAGCACGGCACGCCAAUCUCUGUGCCUGCCACUGACCCAGUUUGGAGGGCACCUGAUUUGCCCGUUCCGCUUGCCAGGAAUGGGCCAGCAUCGGGAGGAUUUACCGGCUCGGUAAGAAAGAAGGUAGCGCGACUGUCUUUGAGCGCUGCUCGGGAGCAGGGUGGCGACGAUGAGGAUGACAUUUUUCUGGGCUCGGCUACUCUCGAGAAGGAAAAGGAGAAUAUCGGCGGACUUACCAUGAAGCAGAAGGUCCUUCAGCCACGCCCUCCGCAGGAAAAUACCCCGACCAAGAAGAGAGGGAGAUCCCCGGGAACAGGCCGCAAAUCUGUUGAGGGACAAGCCAGAAGGCGUGGCAGGCCACCAAAAUCCGCAAAGGUACUGACCAAAAUGGACGAGAGUAAAGCAACGGCCGUGCGGAGGACCCAGCCCGCUGGACCAGCAAGUGAUGCAAAGAGUCCUACCAAGGUCAGAGGACCUCGGCCCGCCCCCCAGGACAUGGCAGCGGGUACUCCUACCACACCAACACCGACAAAGACCGAUGAGCCUCCCGUGUCGAGUGUGCUUGGUCCUUCGCCGGGGCCAGCAAGCAAUAAUGCCCUAGAGAGUCUGCCAGAAACGAGGGAGUCCAUGCCUGGCGAGUCCAGGGCUCUAACCGGGAUGGAAGCUGAACCUGAUCUAUACGUCAACCUUUCAGGAGAAGAGACCAAACUGGCUCAGAAACCCCGGAACCAAAUCCUCCGGGUCGAGAUAGUAGCAAAGACUCCUCCUGACUCCCGAGCGUUCAGGAUCUUGACACCGGAGACAACUGACCAAGACUCACAAACCGCUCACAUCGAUCCUCCGGAUAUCUCCUAUCUCCGGACAGAUCCGCACAGAUCUAACAUCCAGGACGCAUAUCUCCCAGUUCCAAGCAGACACACAGUUGUCAGAAACCAGAACACGGACCCAGCAGCAUCAGAGGAGGUCUUCUCGAGGAACCUUGUGGACCCGGCGUACGCGUUCUCGGAUGAAGAAGAGCCAACGUUGCCCAAAGAGGUAUCACAGCUCAAGCUCACUGACAAAAAUGAAAAUUCGGGACAUGGCGCGUUGCGUGAAACUCAUCCUCAGAACGAUACAGCAGCAGUGGCGAGCUCCAGCGAGGAGCCGGCCGUAGACGAAGUAGCCCAAGAACUGGGCGACUCAGUCGGCACGCGGGAGCAGUCGCCGGCCCUCAGUCUCAUUCUAGAUGACACCGAGGCUCGCCACGGAAACAGCUUGCUACAACCGCCAGGAGAGGAGAGGGAUGUGCCACGCGGACAAGGCUCGGUGGCUGCGGACGGUCGGCAGGUUGGCCGUGAGGAACUACGUUCGUUUGCGGAAACGAGAGCAAACCUCGAGACUGAAGUGUCUUCGAUCAUCCGACCAGGUUCAAAGGCACAAGCUGUAGAAUCCAAGUUAGAGACGCUGGCCGAGACGGCCGGAACAACGCCCCUUGAGAAAAGGCAGAGACGCGGGAAGGAACAUCAGUCGCAGGAGACUCCGGUCGGGACAGCCGGAAGGCCAGCUGGUCUCAAAAGAAUCUCCCUCGGGCUGCCCAGGAGGCAGGAGAUACCCGAGACCUCUCCCAACACCCGACAGCCCGUCGGCUGCCCCAGCACAACAGUCCGGACUCUGGAGAUUGAGGAUUCCGAUCCACCAUUCCCGACAACAGGGGAAGAAGACCAGGACACCUCGACCCAUCUCGCCACGGCACCAUCCCCAACUCUCACCGACCCGAUGUCCAAGGCCCAGCCGUCCUCCCCAUCCCUCUCCGGACAAGAAGAACCGGCAUCACAACCACAACCACCACCCCCUUCAGGAGGCCCUCGCACGCCGAUCAAGGCCACGGCGCGCCGCCGCCGCCGUCGCCGCUCCAGCGAACCCCACCGCGGAGCGGCAGCGACAAGCACGACCACCGCCAAGAAGAAGAAGAAGAAGAGAGCGGGCGUCCUCUCCCUCCUGGCGAUUUCCCGCGCCAACGGCAAGGACGACGAAGACGAAGACGAAGACGAAGACGAAGACGAGGACGAGGACGAGCUCUCCAUCCUGACGCCCCUCAAACCCACCGCGUCGUCGACCGUCCGCUCCACGCCCGCAGGCCACCACGUCCGGCUGGGCUUGCUGGCGCCCGGCAGCGCCGGGCCAGGGACCCCGAGCGCCAACAGAGGGCAGAGGGGACAGAGAGGGAGUGGGAAAGGGAGGAGGAAGUCGGCGACGGGGAUGGGGAUGGGGAAUGGGAUGGGGACGGGGAGAGGGGACGGGCCGGCGACGCCGUCCGGUUCUUUCGUUCGUUCUUCUUUUUUUUCCGGGUCUUUGCUCUCGGACGAGUCAGAGCUCGUCCGCACCCCCGGGGGCACCAUGCGGCGGUGCGGGGAGGCUGGGUUCAGGUGCGAGAGGGACUUUUGCUUCAGCUGUCUAUGAGGGGUUCGAACUCGGUUUAAAACUAGGGACCGGAUGGGCUAGUAGCAGGUAAGAGAAGAGAAGGGAAGGAAGGGGGAAAGUCGAGUCGAAGUAACUACAGGCUAGCUUUGGUGGUGGAGUGGACGGAAUGGCCUGGGGGUCUCGGUCCGAGCGAACAAAACAAUCCAACCAUUAUGAAUCAG